AUGUGUCCCGCCGCGGGUUCUUCCGCGGCCAUAUCGGCCGCUGCGGCGGGACUGAUAUUCAUUGUUAGGAAAGAUGAGACCCUGAAAAACCUCUUUCUCUCGGUUCAUUUCCCAGCCCAGGCAGAGGCAUCUGAAGUGGUGGAGUACAAGAUUAAAGAAGAAAAAUCGUUACUCUACCUGGAAGGAUCUCUUCUUGUGUUUGGGGACAUCUUCAAACUGGUCGCAUUCUACUGUGUCAGUAGAGAUGUGCUUCCCUUCACUCUAAGACUGCCUCAAGCAAUAUUGGAAGCCAGAAGUUUGACAGACCUGGAAACCAUCUCCAGUCUAGGAACGGGUUUCUGGGAUUCUGCUUUAAAUCAGAAGCGAGGAGGAAGGCUUUCCCACCCUGGGAAAGGUUCUGCUUUUGCAACCGCCCACGCAACAAAAAUUAAAAAACCCACCCAGUGUUUUGCAAGCGGCAGGAACAAUUGUUCAUGUGAAAUUGAGCUGUCAGUCGGAAGUGACAGGCUGUGGUUUGUGAAUCCUAUUUUUAUAGAAGAGAGAAGCAAUCCAUUUCCCCUGAAUGUGCCUCCUCAAACGAGCUGUAGGGAGACUCUUUCUUCAGCUCCAGACGUUGUGACACGACCCAUCAAAAGAACUCCCAGCCGUCGCCCUCCGCCUCCACCACCACUACCACCUCCUCCGCAUGCUCUGAAGCUACCUGUGAAGUCUCCUGAGACUACAUCUGAAGAGGACCACCUUCGGCUUCAGGAGGUAAAGGACAUGAAAGCAGAGGUCAGUAAAGAAAAAGAAAAUGAUGGGGAAGCACCCUUUUCUCCCAGUGGCCAUUCACCUGCAAAGACAAGCAGUUCCCCUCCAUUCAUUCCACCAAGAAGGUGUGUGUCUGAAAGACCUUUGGGGAAAAGUUGUGCUGAUAAAUCUGGAAAAUGCACACUGCCAGAAAAGGAACCGGCAGGAAAACAGAGUGAUGGGACUACAGGACAUGUUAAUAACAUUCAGGGUGCUGAGGCUCCACAGGAGGCUACAGAGAAAGACCCCUCACAAUGUCAAGAAGCAACACCUGAUAUGGGCAACUCCGAGAUGACACAGGACGAGAUGCAGAGGAAGCCUUCAGAGAAGCCAGUUGGGCCACCCAUCCCUCCCCCAAGAAAAAAGAGGCUCUCUAGACAGGCAUCGUCGGCCAGCUCUUGCCUUUCCAAACAAAUGAGCUUUGAGGAGUCGGAAGCGCCUGCGCCACAAGAAGACAAGCGGCCUGUUAAAAAAGCCUGCUUCGAUGCAAAAAGGAAAUCGAGACUUGACCGUAAGCUUGUCACUUUAUCAGAUCGCAAAGGCUCGCGUGACUCUCUAAACUGCCCAGUUAGCAACACGUCGGCUCAGACUUCUGCCUCUGAGCAAGACUCCUAUUCCACCAGCAGCACAGAGGAUGAGACAGAGCAAGUCACCAGUCCCUCCAUUAAGAAGACCCGCUCCUUGCUCCUAGGCCGAGCCAGGCACCGCCUGUCCAUGGUCAGCUUGAGUAAUGUCUUCACGGCUUUCCUGUCUGCUGACCGAAAGCUGCAGAAGAAGAUUGUGGAGCUGGCCCAGGACAAGGACUCGUACUUUGGCAAUUUGGUGCAGGAUUACAAAGUGUAUAGUUUGGAGAUGAUGGCAAGGCAGAGCUCCAGCACAGAGAUGCUGCAAGAGAUCCGCUUAAUGAUGACACAGCUGAAGAGCUACUUAGUACAAAGUACAGAGCUGAAAUCUCUGGUGGACCAAGUGGUUUACACCGAUGACCAGCUGGAGGUGAUAAUUGAAUCUGCUUUGCACAAGUGUGUCUUGAAGCCUUUGAAGGAGGCCAUCUAUACCUACUUAAGGGAAAUUCACAACGAAGACGGAUCCUUUAAGUUCCUGAAGGAGAACCAGCAGGUCAUACAGAACACAACGACUACUGACCUCGGAAUCACCACUAGUGUGCCUGAAACCACGUUGCUGGAGAAAAUCCUGCAAAAAUUCACCAACAUGCACAAGGCUUAUUCGCCAGAGAAAAAGAUUUCCAUCCUCUUGAAGUCUUGCAAACUCAUCUAUGACUCCAUGGCCCAGGGAAAUCCAGGGAAGCCGUAUGGGGCAGAUGACUUCCUUCCAGUGCUCAUGUAUGUUCUGGCCCGCAGCGACCUGUCUGAGAUGCUUCUGAAUGUGGAAUAUAUGAUGGAGCUCAUGGACCCUGCUCUGCAGCUGGGUGAAGGCUCUUAUUAUUUGAUCACUACUUAUGGGGCAGUGGAGCUGAUCAAAAGUUACGAUAAGAUCACGGUCACCCGGCAGCUGAGCACGGAAGUGCAAGACUCCAUCCACCGCUGGGAGAGGCGGAGAACGCUGAACAAGGCCCGGGCCUCCCGGUCGUCUGUGCAGGACUUCAUCACCAUCUCCCUUUCGGAAGCAGACGCCAUGACACGGACGCUGGCCUAUCGGACUGAUGCAACAGCUCAGCAGCUGACUGAGCAAUGUGCUGUGAAGUUUGAGGUCCCAGAGCCUCAGGACUACGGCCUGUUUGUCCAGGUGGACAAUAAGAGCCUGCAGCUUGCCGAAGACUCCCUCCCUCACCGUAUCAAAUCUCAUCUCCUGAACAAAGACCCCAAGGCAACUUUCCACUUUAUUUAUAAGCAGAUAAGCAGCCAAGAGACACCCGUUCCCAUUAUCAAGGAACCAGACAAUUUAUAACGGCAAAGCUGCAUGGCUGUAGCAGUCUUGCUUGAAAGAUGUUGUGAUGUUUUUGCCUUACAGAACAUUCUGAUCUCUGUGGGUUUCUGAAGCUUGUCAAAACACAGCUUCCGAUCCCAACGUUGAGAGGGGACAGCACAAGCCAUCUUCCACCAGAACAUUUUCUGUUGGCAGAAUUACUUUUGCUACAGGAAAUGUAUUCCGAGCAACUGUUACUCUUUGGGGAAACUUGAAUCAUUUACAAUGCAGUUCUUGUCAGAGUUGCCAUGACCUGGAUGGGCCAGGCAAGCCUGAUCUCCUCAGAUCUCGGAAACUAA